AUGAGGCAGACAGACGUAAAGCUACCGUCGACCGCGAGAAAAACUAUCGCAAAGGCACCGCGGCAGAAGGCUUAUUGUUUCCUCGCUGUGGCGGUCGCGAACGUGACAACGGCGACAAAGACCGAGAUAUCGACCGCCGACCGCACUGUAGCCGACGUAAAGACCUCUACGAGCCAGAGACAAGAAAGAGAUAUAUCUCGGGAAUUAACCCAACGUCGAAGAGCCGAUCCGAGAGUGACUGUGGAUGAGCUACCCUAUAGUGACGAGAAGCCGCAAUCCAUACAUUGGUCCUAG